ACCCCCACCACCCGCAUGCAGGGGGCGGGCGAGAUGCACCCCUGAGCAUGGGGGAGAUCCUGGCAGUGCUGGUCACCCGGGCCCGGUUGGAGGCUGAGGAGGCGCAACGGCAGCUGAUUGCCGCCCUGAACGGCCUCGGGGCGGUCAUGAUCAUACAGGGUGACAUAUCCCAGGCGGUGGCCACCUACCGCACCGCACUGCGGGUGAUGGAGGACAAUAAGGCCCACAACGGCAUCGACACGGACCCGCUCCAGCGCCUGCACACACUGCACAACCUCUCCCAGCUGCUGCAGGCGGGGGCAGCAGCAGGAGGGGCGGUGGGAGACCCCACCGCCCCCACCGCCCCUCCCUCCCUCCCCCGCACCCUGCGCGACGCGGGUCUGGAGGCCGCUGCGGGCGCCAUCCGGGACCGCUACCUGGAGCAGAGGAGGAGCAAGAUGAGGGCGGAGGAGCUCACCUAUCGGGAGCAGGUUGCCGCCGCCUCGCCCUUCCACGGGGCUGCGGGCUGGUACCUGGCCGCUAUCGACCUGCUGCAUGCCGCGGGGGCGGGCGGGGCGGCGGAGCAGCACAUCCGGGGGAAGCUGAUGGAGGGCGACACCUAUCGACAAAAGACGGAGGUCAACGCGAGCAGCAUGGCCCACCAGUUCACAUCCCUACUGGGGCUCAAGCUCCUCCUCAACGAGGCUCUUGACUCCAUCGAGGUGCACCGGGGGGAGGCGGUACGGCAGCUGGAGGAGCUGGGGGCGGCGUGCGGGGGCGGCGGGGGGGAGGGGCCGCCGGGGGAGCUGGUGGAGCUGGCGGGACAGUGCGGGCGGUGUCGCAGCGGCCCCUCCCGCGCGCUGGUGUGCGCGCACUGCCGACUGGACGAGAAGCUGAUCGGAUGGGAGGUGCGUGUGUUUGCGCUCUACUCCCGCGCGCUGGCGGCGGGGGGGCGGGUGAGUGCGGAGGAGGCGGCCAGGCGGGCGGCGGCGGCGCUGGUGCGGUGGGCGGGGCGGGGGGGCCUGCACGAGGAGGGAGGCGCGGAGGAGGAGGGAGGAGGCGCGGAGGGGGGAGAAGGAGCGGAGGACGAAGACGGCCGGCGGGGUGCCAACGUCGCCACCGCCAACACCUCCUGGCGCCAGAGCGAGGCGGAGAUGGUGCUGCGGCUGCUGCUGGGGCAGCUGCGGCAGCACUUGAGGCACGCGGCCGACCCACGGGUUGAGGAGCUGGUCAGGGAGGGCAAGGCCCACGUGGAGCGGCUGGCGGCCCAGCGGCGGCUGCUGGUGGCCGCCCGCUCGCUGUCGCUGGCUCAGCGGGCGCUGCUGUACGCGCAUGACGAGCUGGCCAUGGCGCAGGGGCGCAUGCGGCUGGCCAGGGAGGGCGAGCCCAUCGCCCCCCACGAGACCAACCUGAAGCUCCACCCCGCCGCCCUGCCACACAAGAACGUGGAGCUGUCCACCGAGCGGGCGGUGGCGGAGGGGGAGCUGGGCAGGAAGCUGGGGACGCUGAGGUACCUGCGGAAGCUGCAGGCCAUUCAAAACCGCCAACAGCAGCAGCAGGGGCAGCAGCAGCAGCAGGGGCAGCAGCAGCAGCAGGGGCAGCAACAACUCCCAUCAAACGCCCUUCCCUCUGACACCUGUGCCAUCACCACCACCACUGGCGCCACCGCCGCCACCACUGCCAGCAGCCCACCCACGGGAAUUGGCUCCGAGCCCCGCUCCUCCGCCGCUCCUCCUCCCGCCUCCCACCCCCACCUGCCUCCCCACCCCGCCGUCCCCCCGCACCCCCACCGCCAGCCUUCCCCCGCGCCCUCCAACCCGCCCGACCCGGAUCUCGAGGCUGCGGAGGUGUGUCCCAUCUGCCACGAUGUCAUCAGCCUGGGUGGGGGCGACAGUGCCUCCACACCUCAGGCGGCAGCAGCAGCAGCAGCAGGCGGGGGAAGUGCGGGUGGAGGAGGUAGUGGUGGUUGCACUAAUGGAGGUGGGGGUGGUGUCAUCCUGCCGUGCGGCCACCAGCUGCACUCCGAUUGCUGCGAGGCGCUGGUGGCGCGGUCAGUGACCCAUGGGACACCCUACUCGCACCGCCGCAUCAACUGCCCCACCUGCAGGACGCGGGUCCAUGUGGCCGACAUUGCUUACAUCGAUUCCGGCGCCUCCAACCGCCACGACCAACAACAGCAGCAGCAGGAACAGCAGCAGGAGGAGGAGCUGUCUACCCGGGGGGGUGGCGGCGGUGACGGCACCACCGCCGCCACCAGCCCCUGGGCGGGUGAGGCGGCUGUGGCUGUACGAGGCAGUUUCGGAACCAAGAUUGAGGCGGUGGUACGGCGGAUCAAGUUCGUAUUGGCGGGAGAUCCGACAGCCAAGAUGCUGGUGUUCAGCGGUUGGUCCGAGCUGUUAGAGUUGGUUGGGGCGGCGCUGCGAGUGAAUGCGGUGCCGUAUGUGUACGGCAAGGGACGUGGCGGCAUGGCGGCGGCCCUGGCGGCUUUCAAAGACCACCCGGGGGAUGAGGCAGAAGGCAUGGAGAGUCUCGGGGAGGAAGAAGAUGACGAGGAGGAGGUGGAGGACAAGGACGAAGAGGGGGCGCAUGGACAAGCAGGGGAGGACAGGCAGUCUGGGAAGAGCGUUCAUGGCGAGGGAGGGAAGCAGGCUGCUGCUGCUGCUGCCGAGACAUAUGAAGCAGGCAGGGGCGGCGGGACAGGGACUGCUGCAGCUGCAACGGGCGAUGGAUCUGCAACGAGUAAUGUGUCGAAUGUGGCGGGUUUGGGUCCGCCGGCAGCAGCAGCGGCAGUGACCCGCGGGUCAGCGCUGCUCCGCGGCAGGAGCAGCCUGGGGAGUCCGACAUCAGCAGCAGCAGCAGCCCGGCAGCGGCCGCAGGUUGGAGGCGGCAAGCCGCGAGUGCUGAUGCUGCAGUUCAAGCAGGGCGGUGCGGGUCUCAACCUGACGGAGGCCACCCAUGUGGUGCUGCUGGAGCCGCAGCUGGACCCCGGCGUGGAGGCGCAGGCGGUGGGGCGGGUGCACCGCAUCGGACAGACCCGUGGGACACACGUGCACCGCUUCGUGGUGGGGCACAGCGUGGAGGAGCAGGUGUUCAAGCUGGCCUCGGCUCGAGCUCGCGGCAUGGACCUCUCCCGGGCUGCCGUCCGCGCAUCCGGCAGG